UGGGAUAAAGAUGGUGUGGGACCUCUCGUCCCCAUAUUUCAGCCGGUUAGGGGACGGAACUACACCUGGUUGUCGCACGCCAACCACUUUAAUUAAAGAGAAAGAAGAAGAAGAAAACUAUGUCAGAUUUAUGAAUGGAGUCUACAACGUCAAUGUAUACCCGAACUCCAGGUGACCUCCUGGGAGCUGCAUUAUGAGUGCAAAGCUGUGGACAGAGGAGCAGUUUAACUGCCCCGUGUGUCUGGAUCUGCCAAAUGAUCCUGUCACCAUCCCUUGCGGUCACAGCUACUGCAUGGCCUGCAUUAAGGACUACUGGACUAAAGAUGACCCCAAAGGGAUCUACAGCUGCCCUCAGUGCCGUCAGACCUUCUGCCCCAAGCCCUCCCUGUCCAGGAACACCAUGCUGGCAGAGGCUGUGGAGCAGCUCCGCAAAGGAGCCCUCAAAUCUGAAGUGCGUCAAUCCAUGCGACUCGCCAAAGAGAAGCUUUCCUCCUCGGUCGUACCAUGUGACAUGUGCAAAAAUGAAAAACGAGCUGCAGUCAAGAGCUGCCUGGUGUGUAUGAGCUCCUACUGCGAGGCCCAUCUGAAGCCUCACCAGACAAAGAAAUCCCUAAAGCAGCAUGAGCUCAUCCCACCGACAGGCAACCUGGCCGAAAAGAUCUGCACCCAGCACAAAUACCUGCAGGAGUUCUUCUGCCGACAGUGCAAGAUGUUCAUCUGCUGGCUGUGCACCAGCAACCAGCACAAAGGCCACGAGAGCGUGUCCACCAAGGUCGAAAGGCUGGAGAAGCAGAAAUUGCUGUCCGACCUGCAGUCAGCGAACCAACAGAAGUUGAAAGAGAGAGAGCAGGAGCUGAAAGACAUGAAGAAGAUGAUGGAGCAGAUGAAGCGUUCUGCUGAUGUGGUGCACAAUGAAGCGGAGCAGGUGCUGUCAGAGCUGCUGCGCUCUAUGGAACGUCUUCAGGAGCUGCUGGAGGAGGUGAUGGAUCAGGCCAACCAGGAGAAGAUGGGCCAUGCACAAGAAGUUACAGAUAGUCUGGAGGCUGAGAUCAAGGAGCUGAAGAAAAGGGACACUGAGAUGAAGGACCUGGCAAGCUGUGAAGACAACAUCUACUACCUGCAGACAUACGAGUCUAUGAGCAGUCCUCUUGAGUCUGGGGAUCUGCCAGCUGUGAAAGUCAAUCACGAGGCUUCCUUUGAGCCUGUACGAGAUGCCAUCCUGGGUCUCAGGGAGCGAGUGGAAGAUCUAUGCAACCAGGAGCUGGGCAAGAUCACUAAACAAGUGAAUGACACAACACUGUUCGCUCUGGGAGACUCCAACCGAAGCGGACAGAAAGGAGGGAUUUUAAAAUUGUUUUCUGGUCUCAGUGCCCGCAACACAAACGCCCGUCCACAGGCUUCUACACCCACUAUCUCAAUUGGAGGGCGAAGUACAGACAAACGAGGACUUGGUAUAGGACUCAGGACUCAAGAUGUGAGGAGCAGAGACACAGCACGAGACAGAACUAACACAAGCUCACCCAGACUGCAGGACAAACAGAGGAGAGAAGACAGAGAUGCAUUGAGGGAGCCUAACCCCAGAGCCAGCACCAGAUCCAACAUCAGCAUCGGGUCCAGCAUCAGCCACAGACUGAGCCCCAGAGCUAGCCCCACCCCCAGCCGCAGAGAAUCUCAGUCACUCUGGAGCAGGUCUAGCCAGAGCCAGGCCACAACUCCUACUCCAGUCCCAGCAAGCCUCACUCCUGCUCCUACGCCUGCUCCUGCUCCAGCACGGGCAUCUACUGGACAUUUUAGUCGAAUGGCGUCGAUCAGCAGCAUCUUCCGCUCCAAUCGCCGUGGCACCAGCCAGGCUACUCCAGCCGCACAGGCCAGCAACACACCGUCCGCAGGAGGAAAUCCAUGGGGCAUGGCUGAGCUGUCUGAAACUCCCACAGAAAUUAACCCCGGUCUCUUUUUGGAUACGCCCACUCCGGACUCCAUGAAUCACGCUCCGGCUUUCCCCGCCUUGAGAGAAAUCAGCCUUGACAGUAUUCAGGCCCCGGAGCCGAGGACUAGAGAGGAGUUCCUGCAGUACUCAGUGAGCUUGACCCUUGACUCCAACACGGCCCACAGGCAGCUGACGCUCUCUGAGAACAACACUAAAGCCGCCCUGCAGGGGACGGCCCAGCUUUACCCCGACAGCCCCCAGCGUUUUGAUGGCUGGACCCAGGUGAUGUGUGACAGUCCGCUGUAUGCCCAACGCUGCUACUGGGAGGUGGAGUGGAGAGGCCGGGGCUCCUCAACCGGCAUAGCUUACGGGGCGAUGGCCAGGAAGGGCUCGGACGCCAGGUCAGGCCUCGGAUACAAUGCCCAGUCCUGGACCUUAGAGCUGUCGGACACCUGCUGCACAGCCAUGCAUGACAAUCAGAAAAAGGACAUUCCGGUCGUGUACUGCCCCCGUGUGGGCAUUUACCUGGACCUGUCCGCGGGAACGCUGUCGUUCUACAGCGUCGCAGAGAGCAUGACCCACCUCCACACCUUCCGAGCCAACUUUACGCAGCCGCUUUAUGCCACCUUCUGGGUGGGGAGCGGAAUCGGGGUUGGGCUAGACUUCAGUUCAAGUUCUGAGAGCAUCAAGAUCUGCCCCCUGUGAAGACCAGAGAGUUGGUAAUUCACUGACUGACUUCAGAGCUGAACACAGGAAAAACACAAGUGUUCCUGCUGAUUGUUAGAAUGACACACUGACUGAAAUUAUUUGCAAAGUCAUCUAUAAAUAUAUGUAUGUGUGUAUAUGUGUACAUAGCUUAAAUGCACUUAGUUAGCUUCUACUAUUCACAAAAAACAAAGAGUGCACUGUUUUUAGCAAACGGGAGCUUUCAAUGCCACAGAUUUUGGGUUGAGGCUGUCACAAUAUCAGACUGCAUAGUUAUCAUGGCGCUGAUGCCAUGUCUUCUAUAGAAAGAGAAAAUAAUCUUUAACUUUAUUUAUUCCACUUUUGUAUUUAGUUUUGUUUUUUGGGGGGAUCAAGAUGUUUGGGUAACCAGGUGGGUGCAGGUGGUGGUUAUGACUGAGAUAUCAAAUGAGUAAAUGUCAUUAUCAGAAUGUAAAAAGCAUCAGCAAAGUGUAUAAGGGCUAAAAUAUUUUUUAAAAGAUGGUAUUUCGAUGUUGUGCCUAAUAAAGAAAGUAAUAAUGCUUGACUGAAGUGUGAUGAACAAAUGCCACUGAUAUGUGCAUAUGUGGAUAUCUGGCACAGGACACGGUGCUGCCUGUUAACAAAGUACCAACUACACUUCAAGCAUGCAAAAAGUCGUUUAUCUAAUGUAGUCAGGUGUAUGACCUUUUGUGUUUUGGGUUGUUUGUUUGUUUGUUUGUUUUUUAAGGCAUGUUGGUUACUACUAUUGCAGUUCUUCUAAUGGCCACUUAAGACUGGUUUCAAAAGUAAGUCAGUCCACAUGUACAUUCAUGUUAAAAUGUCCCAAUUUGAUUGUUUGUUUUUUAAAUAUAACUCUUCCAUUUGGGAACUACUAAGGCUUGGAGUUAGGGACGUGGUUACUUUGAAUUACAGGUGAAAGAGAAUCAGGUGCCAUAUUUAUCCCAUAUUGGCUUUUCUUCAUUGGCUUCCUGUUUAUCCAGAAUCAAAUUUUAAAUCCUUCUCCUCACAUAGUCUAGUCUUGUCUUGUAUAAUCAGGUCCCAUCUUAUAUUAAAAACCUUGUUCUACCAUAUCAGCACUUUGUUCUCAGACGGCUAGCUAACUGUGCAGAGUAUUUAAAACUAGGAUGAGCGGCAGAGCCUUCAGCUUUCAGGCCUUUCUUCUGUAUAGCCAGCUCCCAGUUUGGAUUUGGGAGACAUAUGCUUUCUUUACUUAUAAGACUUUUUAAAAACGUUGUUUUAAUAAAGCAUAAAGUUGGCACUGGAUAAGGUCACCAUGAAUCCUCAUUUAGCUCUGCAUUUACUCAAUAUGUAUUAUUAUUCUGGCUCCCUUCCACAGCCCGUCUCCCUCACCUCAGAUGGUGAGGUCUUAACUAAGCAAGUUAGCAUUAGCUUAGCACUUUAGUCUCUCUUCCAAAUACGGUCAUUAACCCAACUAUCUUUUAUGUACAGUCUAUGGAAUCCACUGAAGCUAGAUGGCAGUCUUAAAAAAAAAAAAAAAAUCAAACAUUUUAGUCCCAAACUUUUAAUAUCCCAUAACUAACAGAGAGAUUGUCACGAAAUUUGCAAUAGAAUUGGUGUAUUGCAUACAGUGGACUGAAUUUACACCCAACUGCAAACCAUUUGUCUGGAAUUUAGGUCAACUUCCAUCAAAUCAUAACAAAACAGUGAGACGGGCAAUAUAUAUAUUUUUUUAUUUAUUUAAAAAGAUAGACAUGAAUAAUAGGCAUGAGACAUGAAGGAAUCGCAGGACAUUUUCUCUUAUAGCCAGAGAACCUCCUGCUUCAAGGGGAUGGAAGUUAUCCAACUUUAUGAAUGUACCUUCCUUCCCCUCUGCAGUCCUGCUCUCCUAUUAAACAUUCAGCUGAAGCUCUUGUUGCCCUUUAAAGCAUUAUUGUUAAUUAGCUGCUAAAUGCAUCACAAACACAUGUAUAAGCCAGAAUAUUCAAAAUUAAAAAUAAUACUGAGUUUGGAUUCCCUUCAUGUGAAAAGCACAACAAAAUGCUACUUAUCCAAAUUUUUAUGGAAAGAUGUUAGCUGAUAUUGUUACAACAUUCACAAUUAUGCUAAAUGUCUCUUAUUUAUGUAUAUCAAACUCUUUCAUCAAUAAAAUAAAGGUUAAACACAAAAAACUAAAAGUGCAGUUACUGGAGAUGGGGGGCGGGGCACGGUCUGGUUGGGAACAAUAGCACUGAAGGGUCACAGGGAUAAAGCACAAAGCUCUAAGUUUCCUUAUUUUUAAUGCUAUAGCCUGUCACAUGUACAGAAUGAUGUCAGAUGUUUUCCUACAGAACACUACCACCUGCUGGCCGAUACACAAACUGUAUACAUCCAUGAGAUAAAGGAGAAACAUAUUUUGAUCAAAUCUUGAUCAAAUCUGAAUUAGGUUAACAGCUAAAAUAAUAAGUGAGUGUUUUUAUUCCCUCUUUACAGCCCAAACCUGAACAUCUAUUGUCA